AUGCAACAAACAGAAGGCUCUUCUUCUCCGUCCUUUAUUGGCUUUGGGUUAGAGGUGGCUCGUAGUGAUGAAUUGAUAGAACAUCCCAAUUCAGUGAUCCUUCUGGAAAAUCAACAUCUUGAUGGAGGAAUUGAUGAAGGAAAUGAAGCAACAACGACACCACAAAUUCCGAAUCCCUUGUUGAAGAAAUUGAAAAAACAAGAAUUGGAACUGGAAUUAUCGGAUAUGAAUUUUGCGUAUCAUUGUAAAUUUCCAGUGGAUAUUUUGAUGAAAGGCUCUUCUGGUAUUCGUCAAUUAAUUUCAAAAUUACUUUUUAGUAAUCACCGUAUCGAAAAUAGAGAGAAUGACAAUUUUGAGAGAGUGCAACAACAUCAAGCACUGAUAGAAAAUAAUGAGAAUCACCACAAUGAUGAAUUGUUGGGACAGAGAUCAACACAAACCAUUGUAAAACCAAAUAACGAUGGAAAUAAUUUAUUGGAGAAUCAAAUUGGAGUGACGUUUGUUGUGCCGCAUGACUUGUCGUUCUCAGAUCCAUCCAUGAAUCAAUAUUUGUUUGAACAAUUUUCUCAUCAAAGUUUAUUGAGCUGGAAUUGGAAUUCAAAAGCAGAUCAUACACAAAGUGUCUUUUCAAUGAUGCAAUAUUAUUAUGGACCUUUCAAAGUGUUUUUAUUAUUUAUGGUAAUUCUUAUUUUCACAACCAUCUGCAUGGUGAGUCUUGUGAAAGUGUCUUCACUUGGAAAGCAUAUCGAGAAUGUAUUAUUUGAAACCGUGAGGACUGAAGCAUUGAAAGUGAACCAUUCAGCAAGCGUCACAUCCAUUUUGAAGACUGCUCCAGCAAUCAAAACUAUCAUUUAUUUAACGCUAUUUCUAAUAGCAACAAUUUUGAUCAUUCUCAUCACAUCAAUUUAUGUGAUGCGAUUGAUAUUAAUUUUUAUAAGGAGAAGAGUGUUACAAAAAUUCGCAAAAACCAAGAAGGCUUUCAACUUGGAAGUGCCUCCUCCUCGAGAGAAGCUCGAUUUGGUUCUCUAUGACGACAAUUACAAUGGCACUUCUGAAGAGAAAAUAUCACAAGCUGUUUAUGGAUACAUUCAAUUAUCCAAACGAUUGAUAGUCACCAAUAGUAAUUCCUCAAUUCUUUCUCAAAAGACAACCAUCCAGUCGUCAUCCUCUUCACAAGAAUUAGCCAUUUCUAAUUUCGUGCUAGAGCACAUGAUGAAAUCCAUGAUUGAUUCACACAAUUCAUCAUCAUCAUCGUCUCCUUCUUCCUCUGUAGAUGCAUCCAUCACAACUUCAAAUUCUAUUCCUCUAUUACAACCUGCCAUCAUAGAAAUUGAACAUUUCUUAUUGAAAGAACAAAUUCCAACCUUUUCCAAACCCCAUGAAUAUCAUGCUUCCAAUUUUUCCAUCGCUCAAGAAUUUCUCUUAAUUGCACUUGCAAUGGCCCGAAAAGAAGUCAUGUUUAAGAAUUGUGGAUUUGUAUUGAUUCGAGUUCCCUCUGUGCAGUAUGGCAUGAUGCGAUUAUGUGAACAAUUGGGAUUUACAAUGAUUCAUCAACAAGUUGGAGAAUUUCCAAUGAGUUGGAGUGUUUAUAUGAGUCCAUUAAAUUGA